GUUAUGCAAACGAGCCCCGCGCCUGCGCUCAGCGCCCACCCAGCAUGGCGGCGGCCGAGGAGGGCUGCUCCGAGACCGCGGGCAGGGAGCCGCGCCUGCGGGACACCCCUGAGGACAUCUGCUUCGAGGCGACGGCCAACGCCAUCGCCCUGCACCCAGCCCGGCCGCUGCUGGCGGCGGGGGACGUGGACGGCGACGUCUACCUGUACUCGUACUCCUGCACCGAGGGGGAGAACCGGCAGCUCUGGUCCUCGGGGCAUCACCUGAAGUCGUGCCGGGACGUGGCGUUCUCUCAGGACGGGCAGAAGCUCUUCACCGUGUCCAAGGAUAAGGCCAUCCAUGUCCUGACCGUGGAGGAGGGACGGCUGGAAACGCGCUUCCCCAAGGCCCAUGGCUCUGCCCUCAACUGCGUGCUGCCCAUUGACAACCACAUUUUUGCCACGGGCGACGAUGGCGGCGGGCUGAAGGUGUGGGAUCUGCGCAAGGGUGAUGCCAUCUUGGAGGCCCGUCAGCAGGAGGAAUACAUCAGUGCAAUGGCCGUGGAUGGUAAUGGGAAGAUCCUGCUGACCACCAGCGGUGAUGGCACCCUGGGCGUCUUCAACGUGAAGAGGCGGCGCUUUGAGCUGCUCUCGGAACCGCAGAACGGGGACCUGACGUCUGUCGUGCUGCUGAAGAGGGGGAGGAAAGUGGCGUGUGGCUCCAGCGAAGGCACCAUCUACCUCUUCAACUGGGAUGGCUUCGGGGCCGCCAGCGACCGCUUUGCGCUGAGGGCUGAGUCCGUUGACUGCAUGGUCCCCAUCAUGGAUAGCAUUGUCUGCGUGGGCUCCCUGGACGGAGUCAUCAGGGCGGUGAACAUCCUGCCGAACCGUGUGCUGGGCUGCGUGGGGCAGCACCUGGGGGAGCCCAUCGAGCAGCUGGCGGUGGCCCCGGGCGGGCAGCUCCUGGCCAGCUGUGCCCACGACCAGAAGGUGAAGUUCUGGGAUGUGUCUGCCCUGCGGGGGCUGGUGGUGGACGACUACCGCAAGAAGAAGAAGAAGGGGGGCCCGCUGCGUGCACUCAGCAGCAAGGCGGUGGGCAGCGGGGAAGAUUUCUUUGCCGACCUGCGGGACGAGGCGGAGCCGGCGGCGGGGCCGGGAGAGGACGGUGAUGGUGACAGUGACAGCGACAGCAGCGGCUGAGCGGCCGCGCCGGGCGGGAGCACCGCAUCGCCUCAGCGCGGGGGCGGGGCCAAAGGGGGCCGGGCCAAA